AUGCAGGCUGAAGAGCGAGGAGCAGGCGGUGUGGCCGAAGAUGCGGAAGGCCGGGGCAGUCCUGGUGACCCUGGCAGCUCGGAUGGCUCUGGAGGCCUGGAGGACCCCGGUGUCCUGGGUUUGCCACCACCAGAGGGGGCAGAGAGAGCUAGGUGUAGAGUUAUCACAUAUAACUUGAUUUUCUUUUCCCCUUAUUUAGCCGACUGA